AUGACAAGCGAUUGGCACAUAUACAACUUGGCGAAUUACGAUAUGCAACGAACGAGUGGUGACACUGAAGGCGCUCGGUCACUCGGUGUACCGACGAAGAAUUGGUUGGCAGCCUGGCAAAGCGAAGGAAUGAGAAGAACUGUCUACUGUGUUGUUCUCUGUCAUUAUGAGGAGCAAGCGUGUUUGUUAUUAUCAGAUUCAGCUGAAGCUCCCAAAAUGUUGGUGAAAAGCUGUUCACAUUUUGGCGUCCAGAAUUCGACGAGUUUGUGUAUCCCUAUCUGCCGUCGUAUGUUCAACGUCCCAAAGAAUGCAUAUCAGUAUAUCAAGUCGUUUUACCUAAUAAAUGUGUCCUUCGCAGUCGACCUGGUUGUGAUAUCAGAAGCAGCAUUGUCACGUUUCAAUCUCAAGCUGUACGCCACCGUGAAGACUUUCAGACGGGAGAAUCAAAACACUAGUUCCCGUAAAAGAGUCCGUUACUGA